AUCAGUAUACUUCAUAAGGGUAUUCUGUAGACAGGAGCCUUGCCACUCAAAUGGAAUAAGUGACUUGAAUAUCAGCUGCCUACAGGAUGAGAGAAUGCGCCGGAUAAUUAGAACAGUCUGUUAUGUAUGUUAGGCUCCAGAAAAUUGUCCUAAUGCCAAAAAAGACUUGAUAACACCUGGUAACAAGGGGAAAGUGUCCUAUUAGACUGUAAAAAUGUUCUGAGAGACAUACAGCAAUUAGCAACAGCAAAACAUGCUCUGUUGAGAAGUCCAUUCUUAGGAUGUCAAGUCAGCAUUGGUACAGUAUAAUUCCGACUGGCCAAGCUCAGGAGACAGCCUGUCUGUCCAGGAUCUCUUACCUUGCCACUUAGCAUGUACAUAACAAAACCCCAAUUUGUCUCAUUUUAAUAUCCCAGUCUAUCCGAGGCAGCACAGUCUUGGCACUUUCAAAGUAAUGAAAUCUAUUAUGCAAAUAUAAGAUUCAAGGAAAGUCUGCCAUGCCGGUGUGUCUCCACCUCUUUUGUUAUCACAACAAUCACCUGAGUGGGCAAUGAGUCCAAGUUGUGUCUUGUUUGUUUUGAUAAGCCAUGGAUAAUGAAUGGGCUGGAGGUUCCCAAUGUGUAUAUAAGCAGCUGAGACCACAGCAAUGCCAGUACCUGAGCCCUUCAGCAAGGCUUGACAUCUCCUAGAGAAAAAUGACCUCUUCCACUUUUUUUCUGCUCCUUACUGGCCUCCUUGCUGGAUUUUGCAAGGCAUUCGACAUUGGAUUAUCUACAAGAUGUGUCUCUAUACCUAAAGAACUGGGUAUAUGCCAUGACCUUGGCUACUCAGAGAUGAGACUUCCUAACCUGAUGGGGCAUACCACCAUCCCUGAAGCUGUAUCCAAGACAGCAGAGUGGCACAAGCUUCUACAGACUGGCUGCCACCCAUAUGCCCGAAUGUUCCUAUGUUCCCUGUUUGCUCCAGUCUGCCUUGAUACGUUUAUCCAGCCUUGUCGUAGUAUGUGUGAGGCUGUGAGAGACAGCUGUGCCCCUGUACUAGCGUGCCAUGAUCAAUCCUGGCCCGAGAGCCUGAACUGUGAUCGUUUUCCAGCUGGUGAUGAUAUGUGUCUGGACACCCUGAGCAAAGAGUACCAGCAUACCUACAAAGAACUACCCAAACCAACAUGCCAAGGCUGUCCACUGAUUGAAGAGUCCUGUUCAUACAAGAGUGCCCUGGAAGCUUUUUGUGACAAUGACUUUGCUAUCAAAGUAAAGUUGUCAAAAAGAAAGUUUGCAUCAGGACAUUAUGAAUAUGUGACCGAGGGCCCGGUAGAAUUUAUUAAGCAGGGGAUGCUGCUUCCAUAUGACACUCGCAAUCUGAUCGAACAAUGGCUCAGGAUCAAUGAAAACUGUGCCCAUCGGAUUAUCCGGCCCUCCAGAUCCCUGGUCUAUAUUUUAGCUGGAGACAUCCAACAUGGAAAUGUUAUGGUCAACAGAGUAUUCCACUGGCAGAAAAAGGACUCUCAGCUGAGUCUGGCCACCCGGAAAUGGAGACACCAUAAUUGUUAACCUAACAAUUUGAACUUUUGUCUGUAAAUAUCUAAGGCACUCAGAUGUAAAUAGCUAAAUAUAGAGAAAUAUAUAAGUAUUAUAAGGACUUACUCCGGCAGUUGGCAGUUAUGUGUUUCAGCAUCCCUUGCC